ACUUCCUGGGGAGCCGGCGGCGAGCGCACGGCCAGGUGGAGCAGCGGGGCCGGCCGGCAGCGGUGCUGCCCGGGGGCUGCGCUCCCGCCCGCCCCGGCUGCGCUCCCGCCCGGCGCGGUCCGGCCGCUCCGUCCCGCGGUGCGCCCGUGGUGCCGCGGCGAUGAGCGCGGAGCUGGACGGCGUGUCCGUGCACUCCUCCUCCUCCUCGUCGGGCUCGCUGGGCUCGGCGGCGGGGCCGGCGCCGCGGCCGCUCUCGGCGAACGUGCGGCGGCUGCACCAGGCGCUCACGGCGCUGCUGAGCGAGGCGGAGCGGGAGCGCUUCAUCCUCUGCCUCAAUGCCUACCACGGCCGCCGCAACGUCUGCGACCUGGUGCGCUCCCUGCGCGCUCUCCUCGACGGGCCCCGCCGCCGGCAGCUGCUGCCGCUGCUGCGCCUCGUCCUGCCGCGCUCCGACCAGCUCCUCUUCGACCAGUACACGGCCGAGGGGCCCUACCUGCCGCCGCCCGGCCGCCCCCCGCCGCCCCCCGCCCCGCCGCCGGUGGUCCCGGGCGAGCUGCGGCAGGUGACGCUGCGCCGGAGCAAAGCCCACGAGGGUCUGGGCUUCAGCAUCCGCGGCGGCGCCGAGCACGGCGUGGGCAUCUACGUGUCGCUGGUGGAACCGGGAUCUCUGGCCGAGCGGGAGGGGCUGCGCGUCGGCGAUCAGAUCCUGGGGGUCAACGGCAAGUCCCUGGACAGGGUGACCCACGCCGAGGCGGUCAAGGUGCUGAAGGGCUGCAAGAAGCUGAACCUGUCGGUGCACUCGGUGGGGCGCAUCCCGGGGGGUUAUGUCACCAACCACAUCUACACCUGGGUGGACCCCCAGGGCCGCAGCGUGUCCCCCCCCACGGGGCUGCCCCACCACCAGAACAGCUCCCUGCGCAGGGACAGCGAGAAGAGGAGCCACCUCCAGCUGCUGCAGGAGGGCGAUGAGAAGAAGGUGAAUCUGGUCCUGAAUGAAGGGAAAUCCCUGGGCCUCAUGAUCCGAGGAGGGGCAGAGUAUUCCCUGGGCAUCUACAUCACGGGUGUGGACAAGGGCUCCGAGGCAGAGAGCACUGGCUUGAAGGUGGGAGACCAGAUCCUGGAGGUGAACGGGCGCAGCUUCCUGAGCAUCCCCCACGACGAGGCCGUGAAGCUGCUCAAGUCCUCGCGCCACCUCAUCAUGACGGUGAAGGACAUCGGGCGCCUGCCGCACGCGCGCACCACCGUGGACGAGACGCGCUGGAUCUCCAGCUCCCAGCUCGGGGAGACCCUGCUCGGCCCGGCGGGUAACCUUGAUGGAUCCCUGAGAACCCUGAAAGCAAGGCUGCAAGUGGCUUGGGCAGUGGGUGACCAUGCCAUGGACGUGGCAGCCAGGCCCGUGUUCUACCGGGGGCUGGCCGGCUCGCAGGUGACCCUGAGCACCAUGGUGAACCAGACCCGCGUCAUGCUGGAGGAGCAGGCACGGCACCUGCUCAACGAGCAGGAGCGGGCCACCAUGGCCUACUACCUGGACGAGUACAAGGAGGGCAACAUCUCCGUGGAUGCUCUGGUCAUGGCCCUCUUCGAGCUGCUCAACACACACGCCAAGUUCUCGCUGCUCUCCGAGGUGCGGGGGGUGAUCUCCCCGCAGGACCUCGACCGCUUCGACAACCUGGUGCUGAAGAGGGAGAUCGAGUCCAUGAAGGCCCGGCAGCCCGCGGCGCCCAGCACCGACUCCUGCUCCAUGAUGUCCUACAGCGACACCGUCUCGUCCUCCAGCAGCCACUUCACUGCCACCACCGUCAGCUCGGCACGGGAGCGACUCCUGUGGCUCAUAGACCUGAUGGAGAACACGUCAGAGCUGGAGGGAGCUGGGGACUGCCACCAGAGCAGCAUCAACACCCUGCCAGACGUGUCGCUGGACGAUCUCUCCUCCUUCCCAGAGGAACCACCCAACUUCAAGCCUCCUCCUCCUCCGUCGGCCCCCCAGCCCCCGGACCCCCCCAGUGCCCAGCAGCGCCUCCCAGCCAAGGACAAGCCCAAGCGCCCCUCCUCCGAGUCCUCCCAGUCUGGCCUGUUCUUCGUGGCCCCCCGAAACCCCUCUCCCCCUCCGGGCGCCCCCGAGAAGGACGCGCUCAGCGUCACCUCCACAUCCACCGAGGACUCGGCCCCCGGCGCCAUCUACGCCACCAUCUCGCCGUCUCUGCCCGGCUGCCGCGGGGCGCAGCUCUCGCUGCUGGGCCAGGCCCCCAUCGGGCCCUUCCCCAGGGUGCAGUCCCCCGGCAGGCUGAAGAGCCCGUCCCCGGAGGGGCUCCAGAGCCCCCCGUCGCCGUCGCCCCCUCCCCCGCCGCCGCACCCCGCGCCCCCUCCCCCGGACAAGGGCAGCCCCCCGGCCGUGGGCAACCAGCAUUUCAUCAUGGUGGAGGUGCACCAGCCCAACAGCGAGCCCGACGUCAACGAAGUGAGGCCCCUGCCACAGGCCAGAGCCUCCACGCUCUCCCAGCUGUCGGACAGCGGGCAGACCCUCAGCGAGGACAGCGGGGUGGACAUCGGGGAGGUGGAGACGAGCGGCAAGGACAAGAGCCGGCAGCCGGGCGCCGGGAAAAGCCGGAGCCCCAAGGAGGCCGCCAGGAGCGAGGGGGCGGCAGAAGGGGCCUCCAAGCCGCCAGGGCUCCUGGAGCCCACAUCGUGCCUGAUCCGGGUGUCCAAGAGCGCUCCCACCUUGGGCAUCGCCAUCGAGGGCGGCGCCAACACGCGGCAGCCGCUGCCCCGCAUCGUCACCAUCCAGCGGGGGGGCUCGGCACACAACUGCGGGAAGCUGAAGGUGGGACACGUCAUUCUGGAGGUGAACGGCACCGGGCUGCGAGGGAAGGAGCACCGGGAGGCCGCCCGCAUCAUCGCCGAGGCCUUUAAGCUGAAGGAGAAGGACUACAUCGAUUUCCUUGUCACAGAGUUCAAUGUGGCCCUUUAGGAGCUGCUUUGGCGGGUGGGGAGCGCUGGGACAGGGACGGAGGUGUGACAGCAGCGUCCCAGCGCGCGCAGCCCGCGCCCCCCGCACGCGCACACGCCCCCAGCUUGUCCCCAAACGUCCCCGCGCCCACUGCAGGCCCGCUGCAGGCUGAGAACGGGCACAUCCCUUCAGAUCUCCAUCCCUGUCCUCCCUGGGGUGGGGAACAUCCUCUCCCCCGCGGCCAGGCUGGGAGCAGGGCAGGAGGACGGCACGGUCUGGGUGUCCCCGCUGUCAUUUGAGUGCCACACACAGAGCGAGGUGGGCCCGUGGCUCAGGCUGGAGGGAGUUUCGGGGAUUGCUGCUCCCUUGGGUGGUCCCCAGGGUGUCCAGGUGGGUGGCACCGGCCACAGGUGGGGAUGCAGAGAGAGCAACCGGAGGCCUUGUAAAUCGCUGGCAAUGUUGUCGUAUUUAUAUAUAGAGAGCUUGUGCUUUUAAUUUUUCAAUAAAUCUGUCAGGGUAGAAAAAA